AUGUCACGUGGUCUACACAAAGACCGAAAUAUCAAGACGGAGCUAUGGAAGCUGAGCCACAGACUGGGCCGCUCGGAAGUCGAAGCUCAUCCAGGCCAGCGAGUGUUCUGUGAGGGGGGAGUGUGGCAGAAUGUUACUCCGGCUGGAUGGAGUGAAGAGCCCGGACGAGCCCGAGAUCACGAAGAAUAUGCUUCCCGCGCUGGAGUAUACUCCAAGCGUUCGAGAUCCGCCUCCUCUCCAAGAGACAUGUCACGCUCAUGA